UUUCCACACGAUAAAGUUGCGCGAAAUAGUACUGAAAAUUUCCAAAACAUUUAAAAUUUUACAAUGUACAGUUUUCCGAUCCCAGAGCUCAAAAUCACAUAAAACAAAUAUACCUGUUUGCUCUUGGAUAACUGUCAGGAUUGUCAGUUAUUCCCGCCAUUCGAGUAAAAGCCCCAAUCUAAUUGUUUUGUGAUAGUGUUUCUUUAUUUUGUUAAUUAUUAACGCCGGCUGAUGGCUUCAGUAGACGAUAUUACCGGUCAGUUUGAAUUGUUCAACAUAAAGCCCACUAACGAAGUGGUCUCGAAAUGUUUGGACUUGUGUUUGAAAUACAAUAUCAGCGGAGAGGAUAUGGUGGACCAGUGGUUUGCCUAUACAACCUCGGUGUUGAAUGGCGCAGCCCCAUCAUUGGAAUACCUGGAGAAAUUGGAGAGAAAGGAGUUGAUGAAGAAGAAGGAUCACACUGAUCAACAUACAUCGCCUGUGGUCGUCUCUGAGGAGUUGCUGGAUAAGCCUGAUAAUCUGAUAAGAACUCCAAAGGGAAACCAUGGCGGACCAAAGAGGAUUCAAACCCCCGCCGCACAUGGCCGAAAGUUAUUGGAUGAAAACAUGGACAUUUCAAUAACAAGCAGCCCUAGGUAAGAUGUUCUCGAAUGCAAAAUGGGUAA